CAAGAUGUCUGCUGAACCAAAUACCACUUCAGUUGUUGAUGCUGUUACUACUACCAAUAUCGAAGAAGGUGCUGCUUCUUCUAGCCAAAUUAUUUCCACAAACAAGCAAAUCAAAUCUGUUUUCAAGAGAGAUGACACCAUUUCUUGUGUGAAACCUUCUACUGUUAAAGUUCAUUUGUACGAAGGAAAGGAUCUCAUCAAUGCUGACACUUCCUUAUGGUCUAGCACUGAUCUCUCUGAUCCUUAUUGUGAAAUUACCAUUGAAAAGCAAACAAAAACUUCAACUAGAUUGGAAAAUACUCUCAAUCCUCUUUGGAAUGAAACUUUUGAAUUUAUUGUUGAUGAUAUUACAGCUGAAGAGAUCUUGGUUAUCUUCAAGCUCUAUGACCACAACAGAGCAUUCAAAGACAGAAAGAUGGGUUAUGCAGCUGUCAGCUUGUCAGUUCUCUACUUGAUUCAAGGAGAUACAUUUGAUAUGGAAUUGAAAUUACAAGGAGUUCCAAAGGGUAGCAUCAAAGUUGGUAUCACUGCUGUAGAUUUUAAUAUCAAGACUGGUUUUGUUAAGGAAGGAGAACAGUCAUUGGGUAUUCCACAAGCCAAGUUGGAAAAUUUCCUCGAUGAUUACACUGAUGAGAGAGGUACUGUUACCUCAUUUGAUCAUCGUGGUAGAUCAUUAAAGUCAAUUGCCACUGGAACCAUUACAACUGAGGAAUCUCAAAGAUUAGACAGACUCUUUGGAGUUGUCUAUUUGGAAGAAUUAUAUGACCAACUUAGAACAGGUGAUAUUAUCUUGUCAUCUGGUCGUGAAGCUUUCUCAAAGGCCAUUCAAUUAGCCUAUGCCUCCACUUGGUCUCACAUUUCCUUCGUGUUGAGAAAUCCUUCUGAACAAGUCCUCAAAAAGUAUGGUCUCUGGACUGAUGCUGCAAGUGAUAGAGAAUCUGUCUACAUUGUCGAAUCUGACACUUCUAAUUUGGAUGGAAAACUUGGUGGUGGUUCUCAAUUGGUGGGUUUAAGACAAUGGGUCAACAAUGUAAUGAAUGGUUCUGUCAAUGACAUUCUCGUUGUCAGACAAUUACAAUUACCACAAUAUCCAAUCAGACCAAUUGAUGAAUCAAACGAGGAGAGAUUCCCUGAAUUGGAUGAACACUUAAUCAAGAUUAGAGAUGCCAUUUACGAAACCUCUCGUAAGCAAUUGGUCAGUGUUGUUUUCAAAUCCAAUGAAACCAAUGAUGAAUCAGAAUUGUUCUGUUCCGAAUUGGUUGCCACAUGUUUUGUCAGCAUGGGAUUAUUACCAAAAGGCACCUUAACCAAUAAUUAUGGACCAAAAGAUUUCUCAAGUGAAUCCAAUGCAGUCAAUACUGCUCUCUUGAAGGGUGCUAACUUUACCAAGGAAGUCAGAGUGAGAGUUAAAUCAAUUGAUGAAAAAGUGGGUUAUGUUGUUGGUACCUCAAUUUAAAUAAAUUUGAAACAAUUCAUUCCAAU